GACAAUUGUGUUUGGACUCUGCCAUUGGUCUCGAAUGAGGAAUAUUUGCUAACCCUACAGAUAACAAGGAUACAAAUGCAAAGACCAGAUACAACGUGUUAUGGGGAGAUCCAAAUCGGUGUUUAUUCAGGAUUUAAUCCACCGUUAUGCGAGAAUGAUGAACCCAAACGAUGCCACGUAUACAGGAAGACUGGUAACGCAAGAUGCCAAAAUACAACACCAGAUUCGAUGAACUGUAGUCAUUUCCGAUCGCAUAAGGUACAACAACUGCCUGAAAAAAUCACAUUAUUGGUCGGGAAUUUAGACUUGGCGGGAAUGGAGAAAUGGUUCGACCUGCAUUACAGAUUUGUUCGCUGUAAAAGGACAACGCCUGUUCCAACAACUCCUACGUUAGAAAUUGAAACGAGCGCAACAUCAAUAACAGAAAAGAACGAAGCGAACACGUAUUUACCGAAGUCUGGCGUUAGCUUGAAACCCACUGCAAAUACAUCAGUACCUGUCUUGACAUCUACCUUAAGCAAUAAAGCGGUCGGAGGAGAAAUCACCAAUUCACAAAACAAGCCAAUAUCCGAUAAUACAAAAAAUAUCGCAGGAUCGUAUCUACCAUUCAUAAUUGCCAUUGCUAUACUCAGCAUUAUUCUUAUCCUCUCGUGCAUCGCGAUUUGCGUUGGAUACUUCAGGUAUGUUCGGACAAAGUCUGUUACAUCGACAUCUGACGCACAAAAUGGCGAGAUAGAUAAUCCCGAAGAUGGAAUUAACGUUUAUUCUGAGGUUAAGUUGAACGAAAAUUUAGCGAAAGAAGUAAAUCCACCAGAACUUGUUCAAAAUGUUCUGUACGAAUCCUAUUAAGUCUCUCCACAUCUAAAGUUUUGAAAGACUCGGUAUCGGGGUCGCCAAGGACGUACAGUUGAAGUAUUUUCAGGAGACGUGUUUACACUUUCACCCCAAAUUUCUGAUACGCAGGAAGUGGUGGCGUUGACUGUAUCAGAUUUAUAUUUUCAAACUUUUCUAAUGUAAGUUGACUGGAAGACUCGUCCAACCGAUGGAUAAUUAUCUCCUGUGGUUCUUAUAAGCAGCCUCAUUAUUUCAUUGUAUAUAUAUCGAAAAACCGCACAUGCAAUUAAAAAACUUACAUGCCUCGCGUGAUUUAUUAUAUAUAUAUCUUGUCUUAUUUCUUGGUCGCUCAUUCUAUUUCUUUCUGAGUUGUGUGGCGUGAUGCACUGGCCCCGAUGUGCGAGAUUUACAACCGUCGCCCACUCUGACCACUCCGUUAUAUAGAUUUACUGCUAUUCUACUCCGUUGGCAUGCCUGCCUGAGUCUUUAAGUUUGUAUUUAAACUGUAUUAUGAUGGCAGGGUAAUUAGAAUGAUAGUUCAGGCAUCUUUUUUUUGUUAAUCUGGCGGGAUUAUUCGAUAUGAAGCGGCACAAUCCCUGACACAGUCGUUGCCAGCGAGUGCAUCAAAUUUGAAUCAACACCGCUUGAUGCUUGUAGCAGGCCAGUUAUUAGGCAAUGUAGGAUUAUAUUUGAAUUUGUACAACUCCAUACUUUCUUUAUUGUAGUCUCAUAUAGUGAGUGAUAGCUGCAUUUUAAUUUUUCAUCGAUGAUUAACGGCAGAUAUAAUUCAUUACCAGCAAGUCUGGAUUUGUUACCGGCGCUAUACAUGUCAUAAUUGUAGCCUCAUCACAAUCGACUUGUUUCUGUGAAAUCUGAAGCUAGCGACUCUAUUAAUUUAUCAGAGCAGACUCAGCAGAGUGACAGGUAGUCUUCAACAAAAAGAUGAGCAAGUUGAAAUUGUCGAAGUCUGACUGAAAAAAGUGCUAAUUUUGUUUUGUGAAAAUACUAUCAUCUUCAUCUUGUUGCUAAUUAGGCGUCAUCCGUAGAAAUACUUCGGAUAUCAGAUGUUCGGCAAUUCAAGUUGUGUGCGAGCGAUAACUGUUCUAUUUUGAAUACUUCAUUCAGAAAUUGCAUGGUUUUAGGGAUUAAUCUAAUCUUUGUUUGCUUUCUUUGUUUUUUUUUCUUACUUUAUCUUUGUUUUUUUAUCGUUCAUGGGCACGCAUAGGGUGCCAACCGUCCUUUAUUUCAAAGGACAAUCCUUUAUUUGAGAUUUUUGUCCUUGUCCUUUUUAAGAUGAUAAUUGUCCUUUAUUUUUUCCAACGUCGUUUUGCCCGAUAGUUAUAGUACUGUGUUUGAUAUUGUUUCGUUCUUUAAUCGCCUCCGUUUCUGUAUUUGCAAGCUUUUAAUUAUUCUUUUUAAUUUCGCUUUGGUACGGCACAAAUAGCCAAUAGGCAAGAAAUACCAAUUUUAUUAACAAUUUCAAAUAUUUUACAUUAAUUUUCCGAAGAUGGCAAGUGCAACACUCCAAGAUUUGAGUGAAUUCUAGUUCAAUAACUGAAAAUUCUACGUAUAAUUGGUAUCUAAGAUUUUAGAUUAUUUCUCAACUCUGCGAUAACGUAUUUGGAAAAAAGAUUUGACUCCGAUGAAAAUUUAACAUUUGGAAAAUUAUCACUUUUGGAUAAUCUUUCUCCGAAAUAUCAGACACUUGUAAAAAUUGUAGAGCAUAUGAAGCUAAAAAACAAA